GUUAAAGACAACUCAGACGACGGACCGAUGCAGUAUAUGUUUCUGAAGCGGACACUCAUACAAAUAAUCCAGCGCUUUGCACAGCAUAAGUGGUGACACGUCGCACAGCUGCGCGUUUAACGUGUACAAACAUGUUCAGCACUGCGAACAGUGCCGGUGCCGGAAAGUCCCAAUUCAAUUGACUUUCUGCUCAACUGCUCAAGUGCUGUCCUUUGACUUGUGGACGAUGUGUCAUGGGAGAACACAGAUUAGCUGAUCUUUUCAGCUCACUCAGACGGGUGAUUCCUCGUGUGCCUUUCUUCCAGCUUGCCGUCCAUCGAGUUCCUACCCGGUGGACAUUAUAUAGGGGGCUGUUGCGAAAUGCCCCGGGAGAGAAUUCCAAGUGGCGUCUGCGAGCGUUCUUCAGAAGGUACCAGCAUCUUACCAGCCCUCCGACCACAAAAAAGAAGUUGGAACAAGCUCAUUCUCUGCUAGACGCCUUCAUCGAUGCCAAGAAUGGAGACGAAACCGCUAUGAAUCUCGCGCGUCGGUUCGAAUCGAACUCACGCGUCAGUCGCGUCCGCGAAGCAUGGAAUCUCACCUAUGCCAGAGAGCUCGCAUUCAUCCAAAAAAUGCGUCGGCGACCACAUCUCACUGGGGGGUAUCUCCGACCUUCGUUCUACAAUCGCCCUCUGCCUCGCAUGCGAAACCAACCUGUUGAUGUCACAAUGAUGAUCAGUAAACGUGUCAAGGCUCGUGCAAGGAGGCAAGUUGCAUUCGAGUCAAUACAGAGCACGAAAGAAGAUGUACGCCUUGAGUGCUCGUUCGAGGGCAGAUUGAAGGCCGAAGCUGCCAGACUCGGUUUUGAGAGCAGUUGGGAACCUUAUUUCGGCGAUCUCAGAGGCUGGCUAGAACCUUUGCGACAGCAUGAGAAGUCGCUCCAAGCAUCUUUCGAACUUGACACAGAGCGUGCAUCAUCCAAGUUCAGUCCCGAGCUGCUUGAACGGAUCAAGGAUGCCCGACGGAACCUAAUCAAUAAUAAGACCCGCGAGCGGGAACGAGAACGGCGUGGCGAAGUGCUGAUGGCGACUCUCCGGCGGAUGAGACAAGGACCGCCCCCGCACGUACUCACCAGAAUGAGCGAGAAAGAUAAGAGGGAAGACAAAAUCCUCCGAGAAGUUGGCGCUGGCGGAUAUUCAAAGUGGGUUCAGUCUGGUGUUUGGGGUGAAGGGGACCUGGGAAAAGAAAGGAAUCACGAGAAGCUAGAUAGGCUUGAACACCAGAUCAGGGAGCACAACUUGAGAAAGCGUGCAACAGGCAAAUACUAG